AUGGGUUUUUUCUCCAGCGUGUCCAACUUUUUCUUCGAUUGUGGGAUCUUGCCUUGGGAUGUGCUCCUCACAUUGCUCAAUCUCGUAAGGAGGAAGCGCCGCAUCGGACACGUCACGCCCGAGGGCCACCCAGGCUAUGGAGGGCACUGGCCCGAGUUUAGGCCUCCUCAGGAGGGUGACUCCCGCUGCUCAUGCCCCGCACUCAACGCGAUGGCCAAUCACGGCAUCCUCCCGCGCAGCGGCCGCGACAUCUCAUUUGUCGAGCUUAACCACCACAUCCGGGCAACUUACAACUUCGGUCCUUCCUUCUGCUCUUUCGUGCCACAUUAUGCCGCUCGCAUGCUGAAGAGAAAUUACAACAUGGACACCUUUAAUUUGGCAGACCUCGAUCUGCACAAUGGUAUUGAACAUGACGCAUCUCUCUUCCGCCUUGACACUGCCCUUGAACCAGACCAAUCGGCGAAGCAUAUACCUUUCAUCGAGGAGUUGCUUGAGUCAGCUACUGGCAAGGACGAGAAAGGCAACGAUAUCCUUACCACCAAAGAUCUCUCCAGGAUUCUUGGCAAGCGUCGUGCAGUGGCGCGUGCAACAAACAGCGAGUUCUCGCUCAGCUUCUUCCACAAGGUGUUUGGUAGCUCCAAUUCCUCGACACUACUCACAAUCUUCGGGGGUCGUGUGGAUGACCUGCGCAGCAUUGUUCUUCAUGAGCGGAUCCCAGAAGGCUGGGAGUCGCGCAUCCGCCAACCCUACGGACUGACUAUGACAAACUUCAACAAAACUGUACUGACAGUUGAACUCGGUGUGCGCGAGAAGGAUUGGGAGGAAGUGGCACAGGAUGCAGCACGCAGUCGUGUUACUCCUGUUUGAAAAUAUCCAACCAGAUGUCUGCCCUCAUGCUAAAACUAAAUCUCGCCACUUUACAUUACGAUGCGUUCAUGGCUUUCUACAUGUACUUAUAUUGGGUGACUAGUGUUAACGUUGUGUUUCUAGCAUCGGUCUGUAUCUGUAUACAUGCCUGACAAUGAACUUCGGAUACCUCGGGAACAAGCUGUGAAGGCACAGA